AUUUAUAAUGAUUGAAAAGUUAGCAUAAUUCCCCAUUAAUCAGGAAAAAAUCAAGAUAUAUACUCUCCUUCUCUUCUUUUUUUAUCUCGAUCCUUUGUCUUUUCCUGUUUGUUGUAAUGCUUGGGCAGGGCUGAUUUGGAAAAUACAGCAAAAGAUAUGUAACAACUCAGACAAACAAGGUGGACGAAUACACCUUUGGAGAUGGAAAUGGGGGAUAUGCAUGCAAAACCUUACUUUCGAGUUAUUUGUUUGCACAACACAACAUAUAAACCUUAUUGCUAAAAUGUCUAUUUCUUAAAGCAAAACUACCGAUCCAAGAUAACAUAUAUGCCAUGUCAUUUUCUUUUGAAAAUGAAAAGACGACAUUUUUAUCUUUAAAAAAGAGCCCGUGUAGUAGUAGUAGCAAUGCCUUUAUUCUCACUGAUGAGCCAUACAUGACUCAUGCAACCAAAAGUUAGAUUCACCCCCACCCGCCUAUUACUAUCUUCCAUCCCUUUAUAUACAUAACAUAACGCUCACACAACCACAAUAAUCACCAAUUAAGCAUCCAUCCAUCUCCUCAUCACUUGUUCUUCUUCUUCUUCUUCUUCUUCUUCUAAUUAACUUGCAGCUAAUCCUAGUAGAUACCUACUGAUUAUAAUCAAAUAUGAAGGCCUCACUUCAAGGACAAGUUCUUGGAAUUCCAAUGAACUCGGCAGCAGCCGCCGCAGCUGCGUAUUCGUUGAAGAGUGCAGAUCAUACUGCUGCUAUCCAAUAUCAUCAUAAUAUUCCAGCAGCGGCUCCUAAUGAUCGUGAAAUCACUACUGGAUCUUCAAAGCUCAUCGGACAAAGCAGAGUGCAUUCAGUGCUUAACAGGAUGAACAAGCUUACCAAGAAGGCUGACAGUUUUGCCCAUGGAGUCAAAGAACACGUGAGACUGGGGUCCAAGAUCACAGAGACAGUGAAGUGGAAGCUGAGGCUGGGGGCUAAAAUUAUGAAAGUAGGAGGGACGUUGGAGAAGGUGUUUAAGCAUGCAUUCAGCGUCAACGCAGGAGAGAGGCUGCUCAAGGCAUCCCAGUGUUAUCUGUCAACCACGGCGGGUCCUAUGGCAGGCCUCCUCUUCAUCUCGACGGACAAGAUUGCGUUUUGCAGCGAGAGAUCGAUCAAACUGCCAUCGUCAGAUUCAGAGGGACACCAGCUGGUAAGAAGAGUCCACUACAAGGUGGUGAUCCCAGUGAACAAGAUCAACAGGGUCAACCAGAGCGAGAACGUGAAGAAGCCGUCGCAAAAGUACGUAGAAAUAGUUACUGUGGAUGACUUUGACUUCUGGUUUAUGGGGUUCUUGAAUUACCAGAAAACUUUGAAAUAUCUCCAGCAGGCUAUUAAUAUUCCAUCUCAAGCUUAAUUAACCAAGUACAUGUGAUCAAGUUGUAAGUAAUUAUGCACAUUAAGCUAGGAGUACUGGAAGACGAGGAGGAGGAGCUCAAUACCAUUAAUUUACGGACAAUGCGUAAAUAUUUCUUUUUUAUUAAUGAGAAAAUUCUCUUUUCUUUGAAAA